AUGGCCACAGCUCAACUGAACUGCUCGCUGCGCGUCUUUUGUCCAGAAGACGAUCCGACGGUUGCAGACCAUUGCUGCGAGACGAUUGCUCAGGGCUUCGCCUCUGAGCCCAACAACGGCUUGUUCAGCGCCGAUCCGUCCCAGUUUGCCGCGCGAUGGCGGGCCAUUGCAUACAACACCUUGCUCCGAAGCCGGGGUGUGCCUCUGGUGCACUGUCUUAGCCUGGGGCAGGCGCCCGGCCAGGAGCCCGUUCCCGACGAUGCGCCGGAACCUCCGGACAUAAUCGACCUGGCCGGCAUCACCCGCCCUGAAGCCAUGCCCGUACGGGAUGACCUUCUGUCGUACAUGUCUGUCAAGAAGGCGGAGUUCCUGGACUCCCAUGGGUCGUUCGAGUAUGUGGCCUUCCUGGCCACCCAUCCGGAGCACUGGGGAAAGGGCCUUGGCUCGCAACUGCUGGGCCACGUCACUGAUAAGGCGGACGCGGCAGGCCGCUGGUGCUACCUUGAGGCGACAAAUCCAGAUAAUGUACGACUGUACGAACGGCACGGCUUUCGGCAGUUGGAAACCAAGACGUGGAGCCUGGAGUCGCUACCCGGUCAGCGUAUCAUGCUCAUCCCCAUGGCCCGGCCGCCCCUACACCAUAUCAAUACAGCAUAA